AUAUGAUUUUCUUCCCCUCCUUUUUCCUACUUAGGUGUGCUGUAUCUAGUCUGAAAGUGAAUUGUUUUUCAAAACAAAGUGUUUUUUAGGGAAUUUUUUGCUGAAUUUCCGGGAAAAUUGCACCGGAAGUGCGUAGUAAAUAAUGAAUUUUUCCACAGAUAAACAAUUUUAGUGAAUGAAAUAAAAUUUAAAGUGUAUUACUUAAUGGUUACGCGAUUGUUUCACGAAUGAUAGAAAAGUGCUAAAAGUUUAGGAAAAAAGUCCUGAAAAUUCAUCAAAAUUCCACAAAAAUUCUGCUUGGAUGUAAAAUUGUGCAAGAAGACAGCAUGAAAUUUCUUUCAGACGCCCAAAAAACUAUUGUUCUCAAGUAUUUCCACUUGAAUCCAGAGUUGGUUGGAAAAAAUGAUCCUUCCGGAAAGUUUUUCAGUGAAAUGGUCAGGGAACUCAAUGACAACUGCCAGGAAGUCCAUGACAGUGUCUUCUGGUUUGAUUCCAUAGACUUCUGGAGGGAGAAUGCUAGAGAAAAUUAUUUAUAUGCAAAGAAGAAUCGCAGUAUUGUGUCUUCUUAUGAAGACCUUGAGCUCUUGAUUCUCAUGAAGGGCGUAAUGCUUGAAUCUCAGGCCAGGAAAACAGUUGAAAGAGAUGAAGUUCUAGAGGAAAGAAUCAAUUGUAGGAUUUGUCUGAAUGUCGUCGAUUCAGGAGCUUCUCUCAAUCUCUUUACAUCUUUCGUGGACAAUUUGUCUCUUGGACAGCUUCUGAAUUCCUGCACAGAUAUCAUUCCCGUUGUUGAGCACGAUGGCCUCCCCGAGAUGAUCUGUUUCAAUUGCUCAAAGCUCCUGAGAAGCGCCUACAACUUCAAGAUUCUCUGCGAAAGCAGUGAUCAACAGAUCAGAAAUGCUCUUUUGUCCUCCACAAAAAAUCCCGCCAUUGAGUCAGAGUUGGAAACAAAUGUUCCAGACUUCUUCGAAGAUGACACAGUGUCUGUCUACCAUGUGGAUUAUCCCUAUGAGGGGGACUUCCAUGAAUUUGAAGACUCUCUCUGUUCCAACGAGAGGAACAGGACAGAUUUCACAGGAAACUCCACAGAAAUGGACAUUGCUUCAGAAGAGAUGAUCUCCGUGAAGGAAGAACCACCAGAAAUAGUUCAGGAAACAGUGGUCAUCAAAAGGGCACGCACGAAGAAACCUCCAGAUCCGGAAGCUGCAGAGAAACCAGCAAAUUCUCAAGAAAAGAACUCGAAGCAAUGUGAUUUCUGUGGAUUGGUCUUCAGGACGAAUGGAGGCUUGAGGAUCCACAAGAAGAUUCAUUUAGGCGAGAGACCUCAUACUUGCACCUACUGCGAGAAGUCCUUCCGGACGAGGCUGGCUCUGAAGAUUCACAUCAGGUCCCAUACAGGAGAACGCCCAUACGUCUGCGAGACUUGUGGGAAGGGUUUCAAAACCAUCAGUUCUAUCAACAACCACCGAGCUAUCCAUCUCGAAGAGCGACAGUUUCACUGUCCUCUGUGUCCUUACCGGGCCAGUACGAAGGCCAAUCUUAAGAUCCACCAUCGAACACAUACCGGUGUUAAGCCCUACACUUGCCAGUUGUGUGGGGCAACCUUUAUGACUGCUAGCAAUAUGCAGAAGCACGUUCGGAAUAUCCACAAGAAACUGAAGACGCAUAAGUGUGACGAAUGCGGCAGGAGUUUCUUCACCAAGGAGAGUGCAAUGAAGCAUGCAGUUACGCAUUCAGGAGCCAAGCCAUAUAAAUGUCCUGUUUGCAUGCUGGCUUAUGGUUGGUAUAAUGGUCUGCAGAAGCACAUGCGCAUCCAACAUCGAGGGGUUAAAGUUCCAAAGGAAAAAACUUUCCUGGAGGCUAUGGAACUGAAAGCCCAAGUUAAGAGAAACGAAACCAUGGCUGGAGUUUCUUAAGGAAACAUGUCCAUUUCCUGAAAUAUUCGCAUCAAAGGCUAAUCAAAAUUUUUAUUAAGUUAAAUGUAUUAUAUUUUUUUUACUAUGAUUUUAUUACAAUUUAGCUGCAAUAGUGUAAGAGAACAGCUUUUAUACCGCGCUCAAGUCGUGAUUGAAGUCAAUUGAGCAAACAAUAAAAGAGAGAGGGAUAAAAUGACAAAAAAA